AUGGUCUUUGCGCUUGCUUUAAUCUGCGUUGGUGUAUUUCUUGCAAAUCAUUCGCUUGUUUCAUGUGGAUGGGUACAAUUUAUCUUCUGCAUGGUAGUAAGAAUCCUCAUUGGACCAUUCUUUGCACUCCUAUGGUGCAUGGCCUUGAAAUUACCACCAAGAGUCGCAAGACAGUGCGUAAUCAUUGGCUCACAGCCAACUGCUGUUGCUACAUUUGCAGUAACAAGUAGUGUACACAUAGGCGAAGGUGUUGCUUCAACAAUGAUUUUCUGGACAACAGUUUUAGUUGUUCCAACAAUUAUCAUAUGGUUUUCAAUCAUGGACGGAUUGAAGAUCUUUGUAGAGUAG